AUGCCGCCUCCGGGAGGUCAAGUCAGACCGUUUCAACAACCAGGAUACGGGGGUUCACCCAGACCUGGCUACCCGGCGCCACCUAGCGGCGGGGCCUCACGUCAGCCUCCCGGUUACCAGGGUUACCCGCCGGGAGGACCGGGACCGUCCGGAAUGCGGAGCGGACCUGGGAUGCCGCCUCCGCCGGCUCCCGGAUCGGACAGGAAACGACCGGCGCCCUCUGAUAGCAGACCCGGACCGAACAACAAUAGAAGGUUAGAUCGCGCUUUCCAGCGGAAAGAAGGCAGAAAGAAAUGGCGCCGACAGAUAUUUACCGCCCAGAAGGUACGCGAUCUGGUGCCCGAGUCGCAGGCGUACAUGGACCUGCUCGCGUUCGAACGUAAACUCGACGCUACGAUUGUCCGUAAGCGACUAGAGAUCCAGGAGGCCUUGAAGCGUCCGAUCAAGGUCAAGCGCAAGCUCAGAAUAUUCAUCUCGAACACGUUCUACCCGCCAAAACCCGACGUGGAGGACGACGACAACGUUCCAUCAUGGGAGCUGCGUGUCGAAGGGAAGCUACUGGAAGAUGUGAGUAUGUACAUGUGCAGCUGCUGCUUUUUCUUCAAGAGUCUGCUGGAUCUACAAUUGGACAAGGAACUGUACGGUCGGGAGAACCAUCUGGUGCGAGGGGAACGAAGCUACGACGCGGCAGAGACCUGGACAGGCUUCCAGGUUCUGAAACGCCCCGGCGACCGAUAACGUACGCUGUUACCUUGGCUGCUGCUGCUAGACUACAGGCCUGCCAGAUUUAAGCUGGACCGCCGUCGUCUCGCACGUUCUGUGGGCGUUCACACACAGACGGCGCCCGUCAUCAUCAACGCGCUCUGGCAGUACGUGAGACCUCACUCACUGCAGGAUGCUCACGAGCGAGAGUACAUCAACUGUGACCGCUACCUCGCACAGAUAUUUGAGAGUCAGCGUAUGAAGUUUGCGGAGAUUCCCCAGCAGCUGCACCGGCUGCUGCAUCCUCCGGACCCGAUAGUCAUCAACCACACGAUCACCGUCGAAGGUCCUGACCAGAAGAAGACUUCAUGCUACGAUAUAGACGUUGAGAUUGACGACCCGUUGAAGACACAGAUGAAUCAGUUCUUGCUGAGUACUACGAGUCAGCAGGAGAUUCAAGGUCUAGACAACAAGAUUCAUGAGACGGUGGAGACGAUCAACAGUCUGAAGACUAAUCGCGAGUUCAUGCUCAGCUUCUCACGAGACCCCGUCGAAUUCAUCAACAAGUGGCUCGUCUCACAGUCACGCGACCUGAAGACGAUGACGACGUGGUGGGAGCGCCGGAGGAGGAGAGGCGAGCGGAUUAUUACACGCAGAGCUGGGCUCAGGAGGCCGUCUGUAGAUACUCUACGGCAAGUGCAGCAACGCCGCGCGGAGCUCGAACAAUCGCUGGGGAUCCGCAACAACUAGACGCUAACGCCAUAUAAACGUUU